AUGCUUGAUUGCCCAGAAGGCAGCCUGAAAGGGCUUGACACUCUCAUGGAAAUGGAUGGACCCAGGAAUAAAGCCCUUUUAAAGGAUCCAGCAUGCAACCACUUGUACUGGUCAUGUGACCAUGUCCAGGACAAACAGCAAGGAUCCAUCAACACCCAGGUUUACAAGGCAUACCCAAUUAUGCAGUGGUACUGUGACAAUUGGGUGGUGAAAGAGUUGACAAUCUGCACACUUACACAUCAAUGCAACCAUCAAGUGCAAAUCAAAAAGGCUGGCAGGCAAGUUGCCUGGUGCAACAGACUCAAGGCACAACACAAAGCAAAGAGAGUUGGGAAUGCUUGUACAACUAAGACAAAGGGCAAAGGAAAACACCUCACCUAUCAAACCAACAAGGGAUCUUCAAAGGCACAUAACCAGCCCCACCACUCAACUGUUCCUGAGGAUCAGUCUGAUGACAGUGAUCCUGCCCCCAUUGCCAAUCCAACCAGGCCCAGACCCAGACCCAGGACUACCUGCAUAGAUGAUUCCAAAGAGGAGGCAAGCAAUGCUAGGCCAUUGCCAUUGGGGCAGACAACCAAAAAUAAGACCUCAAAAUGUGCUCCCAGGGCCACUUCCAAUGAAGAGUUUGAUGACAAGCCAACUCCAGUUGUCAAACCCCUCAGUGCAAAACAAAGGGUGGAGGAUGCACUAGCAUUGCCAAACCACGCCCCCAAGAAGGCUUGCACCCAACCAGUUGAAAGCUCCAAGGACAAGAGCAUCAAUGACCCCAAGCCUUUGUUAUCAAAGUCAAAGGGGAAGGGAGUGGCUUGCAAGCAGGUGUGCCAGGUAGCCAAAGAUCUCAGCAACAAUGGGGAACCAGCUCCAGCCCUUGAACAUCUGGUGACAAAGCAGAAAGCUAAGGAGGCCCAAAAGAGGAAGGUGCAGAAACGCCUUGUUGAGGACAACAGCAAAUCCAACCCAGCCCCAGCCAAAUUGCAAGGGAAUAAACACAUACAGGAAAUUUAUCCACCUGUCAGCUCAACACUUGUCUCCAGCAUGCCCCCUUGUCCUGCCAAAGUUGAAGAACCUGCAAGCACAGAGGAAGAGGCUACGCAGGAGUAUCUAUCACCUCUUGCACCCAGUACCCCAACUCCAGCUGCGGUCCCACAUCUUGGUUUGGACAGCCCUGAAGCCAGUACCUGCAAACAUUGCACUGGACUGGACAGCAACAAGGACACCCCAAUGCUUAAGCCUGCCCAGAAGAGAGCUCAGCCCAGCGCCUUACCAGCACCUUCUCCCCCUGCCACCACCUACAACAAAUCAGUUGAUGCAGGGAAGAAGUGCAAGACUCCACACAACAAGCCUACUGCCACCCAGGGCAAGCGCAAGGACAUGUACACUCAAAAAGAACAGCCAGCUAAGAAGGGUUUAACAACUGCAACCUUGGCAGGGGCAGAUGAGGAGAUGGUUGGACCCAGCGCAGCUGCUGAGUCUCAGGCAGCACCAAAGGGUAAACAGGGGCAAAAGGCAAAACAAGAGUUGAUCAAUGCUACAGACGCAUUGCUUGGGGAUCCAACCCCACCCGCUCCUGGAAGAAAGACCCAACAAGCUACCAGAGCCAAUAAGUGCUGA